AACUCAGAAUCUUCUCACUGUAGCUCAGCUGAACUCACAUCUCCUGUGAACAUGUCCUACAACUGUUGUUCCAGAAACUUCUCCUCCUGCUCCCUUGGGGGCCACCUGAGCUACUCAGGCUCCUCCUGUGGCUCCUCCUUCCCCAGAAACCUGGUCUACAGCACUGAUCUCUGCCCUCGAAGCUCCUGCCAGCUGGGCUCUUCUCUCUACAGUCAAGAGACCUGCUGUGAGCCCAUCAGGACCCAGACGUUCCGUGUGGUGUCCCGUCCCUGCCAGACAUCCUGCCGCCGUCGGAGGACCUCCACCUUUUCCAGUCCCUGCAAGACGACUCACUGUGGAUCUCUGGGCUGUAAGUCCAGCAGCUGCAGCUCCCUGAGCUCUGGAUCUGGAAGGUGCUACUCAGCGGGCUGUGGAUCCCAUGUCUUCAGACCCCUGGCCUAUGGAGUCUGUGGCUUCCCUUCCCUGGGCUGUGGAUCCCGAUUCUGGCACCCAAUUAAUUUUCCCUGCAGAAGUUUCCAUUAA